AUGGAGUUCUUUUCAUAUGAUCAGUCUGAUCUAGUGUCACAAUUCAUACUUGAUGAUCAUCACUCAAUGUUUUGGUUUGAUCAUGAAACUGAAAUCAAUGCUGAUCUUAGUUCAUGCUUUGUGUCUGAAGAUAAUUCAAGUAGUUAUGAUGAUAACUACUUCAAGAGUUUUUUCUCAGCUGAAGACCACCAACAAGUGUUUCAAGAUGUUCAUAACCAACAGCUUCAAGAGAGGACAUUUACCGAUGAUUUCGGUGUCUCUGGUUCGAAGAGAAAGUUUCAUAUUUCUGAUAAUGAAGUUGCCAUUCAUGCCGAAAUUCCUGAGAAGAAACCUCGGGCCACAACAAAGAAGAGAAAUUUAUCGAUGAAACUUCAAAGGAGUGCAAUAAUCGAAGAUGUUAAAGAGAGUAGUUUAACAGUGAAUGGUCAGAGUUCAAGUAGUUACAGUUCAGAAGAUGAUUCAAAUGUUUCACAAGAGAUUAAUGGAGGAAAUUUUAGCAAAAAAUGUUCAGAUGCUACAAUUGAUAACUUGAAUGGCAAAACAAGAGCAAAUAGAGGAUCAGCCACUGACCCUCAAAGCCUCUAUGCAAGAAAAAGAAGAGAGAGAAUCAAUGAGAGGCUGAGAAUAUUACAAAACUUGGUUCCAAAUGGUACCAAAGUAGAUAUCAGCACAAUGCUUGAAGAGGCAGUGCAGUAUGUCAAGUUCUUGCAGCUCCAAAUUAAGCUUUUGAGCUCUGAUGAGAUGUGGAUGUAUGCUCCAAUAGCUUACAAUGGGAUGGACAUUGGACUUGAUCUCAAUAACUCUCAAUUAAAGAGAUGA